GUGGUCUCAUUCUAAGGACAACACAGACAGGGCUUCUGUAUCAGUCAGCAAUCCCGUUCUCUUUGCGAGGUAAUGGAUCAAAACAAUCAGGAGGAGCAGCAGCAGCAGGAUGAAGUUGUUACUAUUCCUGAAUCACCACAUGAGAAGACUCCUUUCUCAGAUUCAGAGCCAAGACAGUUAUCUCCUGCUCCUCUACCCCCACUCCGGCCUCCCCCACAGCAACGACCUCAAUCAACAUUUGAAGCUGGUAGUUCUGCAACAUUACCUGCCCGACCUUUAUCAGCUAGCGUUGACUACUCUACUGGAGAUUUAAUUUACGAUAAAUUACCAGAGACUCUCCCAAGACCUCCGAAAUCUACUCCGGCUCCUUCCAUGAAACCAGUAAUUGAAGAAAAGAAUAUGGCAGAGGUGAAACAAGAGGAGCCCGUUGAAGAAGUAGAGAAGAAACCACCACCAGCAGAAGAAGGGGAGGAUGAUUACCCCAGGGACUACAAGACGUGCACAAUUAUUACCAUGAUACUCUGUAGCCUCAUACUAAACGUCUUCUCCUUUGCCUGUCUCGUCCCUGCCUAUUAUUAUUCUUCUCAAGCUAAAUUGAAGUAUAAAGAUGGAGAAUUUGAUGACGGGGUUAAAUUGGCUAAGAGGUCCUUGGUACUUAACCUCAUCACAGUGAUAUGCACGUUUCUAGCCGUCUUGCUUAUUUUUAUCAUAGUUAUGGUAGCAUUUGGUGCUGCAGGAUUAUUCUGAGCUAUAAAAUGAAUUAUCAGUGAUUAUUAUUAUUAUUGAUUAUUGUCGCUCUCUUUUUAUUAAUUAACUAACAUUGCAUUUUCCGAUCUUCAGUUUUUAUCUUCUUUCCUUAUCAGUUUGUGGUUACAAUGGUUAUUACAAUAAAACAGUUUAAUUAAUUAAUUUA